CCGACGUUCGAUGUAAACUCAAUCUUCCUAACCAAUACGCUGUAAUGAAGAUUGACAUUGAUUAGGCCACGUGGCACGCUUAUUACGGGAUGGAAUCUUCGAUUAGCAUGCACAUGUAAUUGGUGACCAAUUACGUAACAGUGUCGUAGAAAGGAACUCAACUACCUCAUUGAAGCAUUACAUGGAAAUUGAAGAAACAGAGGCACCGGAACAACAUGAAAAUUGUCGUCUACUGUCGUAAAAUCUUCCGAUAAUUAAAUAUCGCCGUAGCGGAAUAGACCCUGCAGGAAUCAUGCUUUCCCUUUCACUCCUAACUCCGUCUCCCAAGCCCUUCACUUGUUCCAUCGCCCGGAAACACAGUCCUCUCACAAGCUCCUCUUCUUCCGACAAUGUGAAUCCGCGGUUUUCCCCUGACACAUCCUUCGCCAGAAAGCCUUCCUCUUUCUCGUCCACUUCAUGCGGUUGCUUCAGAGACCCAGUCGCCUCUUUGUUUCCGAGGCCUGGCCGGCGGAAGCUCAAGGCAGCAGCUGCUGUUCCGGAUAACGUGGAAGGCGAUGUGAGGUCUGGCGAGUUAUUGAGAGGUCUGAAGCUUUGCGCCAUGUUCGGAGUUUGGUAUCUUCUCAACAUCUACUACAACAUUUUCAACAAACAGGUCCUUAGGGUUUUUCCGUAUCCAGCGACUGUAACUGCAUUUCAGCUUGGAUGUGGGACGACGAUGAUAAUGGUAAUGUGGCUACUUAAUCUCCAUCCUCGUCCCAAGAUUACUUCUUCUCAGAUUCCGGUGAUCAUACAACUAGCAGCAGCUCAUACGUUGGGGAACUUGUUAACGAAUGUGAGCCUUGGAAAUGUGAACGUCUCCUUCACUCACACCAUCAAAGCAAUGGAACCUUUCUUCGCCGUCUUGUUCUCUGUCCUCUUCCUUGGUGAGUGGCCAAAUAUGUGGAUCGUUGGUUCGCUGGUACCGAUCGUUGCUGGAGUGGCCUUGGCAUCUUUCACAGAGGCUUCUUUCAAUUGGAUUGGUUUCGGCAGUGCAAUGGCUUCAAAUGUCACAAACCAAUCAAGGAAUGUGCUGAGCAAGAAGUACAUGGUCGAGAAGGUGAUGACCCAUGGGUUCCACCUUUUCUCUGUGAUAACAAUAAUAUCAUUUGUCUUGCUGGUCCCUGCAGCGGCUGUAAUAGAAGGCUUUAAGUUCACUCCAUCACACCUUGAGAUCGCUACAAGUCAAGGGUUGAAUGUGAAAGAGCUCUGCAUCAGAUCUCUUCUUGCUGGAUUCUGCUUCCACAGCUAUCAACAGGUGUCGUAUAUGAUACUGGGGAUGGUAUCGCCGGUCUCCCACUCAGUAGGGAACUGCGUGAAGCGGGUGGUGGUUAUAACUUCUUCCAUUCUUUUCUUCCGGACUCCUCUCUCUCCCAUCAACGCUCUCGGUACUGCGACGGCACUCGCUGGCGUUUUCUUGUACACAAGAGCCAAGAGGAUCAAACUCAACCCCGCCACCAUCUCGUGAUGGAACCUCCUCCAUCUCGUUAUUUUCCUAUGUCAAAUUCACUCUCUGUGAAACCUGUCAUGUUCGCCAUAUUCAUGCCUCAGUGGAAAUUUUAGUAACACAGCAGCAAAACAAACUAAACAAAACCAUGUUGUCGCCGUUAUAUUUUAACAUCAUUACACCCAACAAA